AUGAGAAAGAAAAAGAAAGAAGGUCUCAUUCACAAACUCAUCAAGCUUAUACAUAAGAUCAUACUCGGAGUGGUCAUAGUGGCCGUAUUGAAUUACAUCCUGAAAUUCUACUAUGCCGGCCUGGCUUUCUUGAAAUGGCUAGUUUCCUUCAAAUACCUGAUCCUGAAGGCCAUUGCGUUCUGGAUAUGGGUUAAGCAUCAGAAGCACGCGGAGCCGGUGGUUCAUUUUGAGCAUGCGCACCACGAUUUCCAUGGACCCCAUGACAGCCAUGAAGAGUAUGAAACUUCUCAUGACGAUUAUGAAAACCAUGAGCAUCCAUACUGGGGUAGGGAAGACCGAGCUCACGAGAUGGCUUAUUCCAAACAGAUAUCGUCGAGUAAAGGCUCCUCAGAUUCUUGGUUUAGUAAAUAA